AUGUCCAUUCGCCAACACGAAGUAUACAAUGACACCGACUACCUUGGAUGCUACUACAUCCCGACCGACGACCGCAUUUUCUGGCUGGCGGCUACCUCUGACGACAUGACCAAGGCGUGCUGGUGCGGUGACGAGAACGCCGACUAUGAUGCGAACGGUGCCAGCAACGAGUGCGUGAUGCCCUGCGCGGGCGACGCCAGUGAGACGUGUGGAGGCUCCUACAGUAUGAGUGUCUACCAGAACGAAGUGGAAAUCCCUGUGGACCCCGCGUACCGUGGCUGCUACUCCGACCCAGGCACCAACCGUGUUUUCGUGCAGGACGAUUCCUCUGACGAGAUGACCGCAGAGGUCUGCGCGGCGCAAUGCGACGAAUCGGCCUUCUACGGAACGCAGUACUCGAGGGAGUGCUGGUGCGGUGACAUCAACGCCCAAUACUCCGUCAAUGGCGUCGGCGUGUGCGACAUGCCCUGCUCGGGCAACUCCGAAGAAUCCUGUGGGGGUUCCUACAGCAUGGACGUAUACGCCCAGGACCCGGCGUACCUUGGGUGCUUUUCGGACCCCGCCGACGGCCGCAUGUUCGUGUGGGAGAGUUCCAACACCGCUAUGACCGCAGAGGCGAGCCGACGCGGCCGACAGGCCUGCGCCUCGCGCUGCAGCGGCUCAGCCUACUACGGAACCCAGUACUCUCAAGAGUGCUGGUGCGGCGACAACGCCGACUACGCUGCCAAUGGUUUCGGCGUCUGCGACAUGCCCUGUACGGGAAACUCGGACGAAAUGUGCGGUGGCCCCUACACCAUGUCGGUGUACCAAGCCAUCUAG